AUGGUCGCAGAUACCGUCUAUUAUGACGCCCUGGGCGUAAAACCAGAUGCGACAGAACUCGAGAUUAAAAAAGCAUAUCGAAAGCUUGCGAUCGUUACCCAUCCAGAUAAGAAUCCGGGUGACGACACCGCUCAUGCAAGAUUUCAAGCGAUCGGUGAAGCAUACCAAGUUCUUUCCAACACAGAUCUUCGGAAACAAUAUGAUAAAUAUGGAAAAGAUCACGCUCAACCCACCGAGGGUUUCGCGGACCCCGCGGAAUUCUUUGGCACGAUCUUUGGUGGAGAGGCUUUUGUGGACUUGAUUGGAGAAAUCAGUUUGAUGAAGGAUCUCACGAAGACGAUGGAUAUUACUAUGCAGGCAGAAGAAGAGGCUGCUGCAGCAGAGGAAGAGGAAUUCCCUGGAGAAGCUGCGGCAAAGGCAGAGAGUUUGCAGGCGGAGAAGGAGAAAGCGGCUGCCUCGGGGUCGACAGUGCCACCUGCUGGUGUAACUGUUCCGCCAGCGAGCGUGUCGGAUACCAAAGAUACGGAUACUUUUUCUACUGCUUCAACUGCAUUUGAUGGAAAGCCUGCUGCGAAGAGUCCGUCUGCUUCCGGUGCGACAACGCCAACCCCAAGGAGGCAGGGUAUUCCGAUCAGACAAGCCAUCAUGGAUAAGACAGAGGAAGAUGCUCAGAUGCAGGCUGCUGGUUUGACAGAAGAAGAACAAGAGUUGAGGAAGAAAGAGAAGAAGAAGGGUGGUCUUUCGAAAGCACAACGAGAUGAGUUGGCAGCAUAUGAAAAGGAGCGUGCAAGAAUACGAAAAGAAAGAGUUGAUACACUUGCGAAAAAGCUUGUGGACCGAAUCAGUAUUUGGACGGAGACAGACAAGGGACCAGACGUCACAAAAGCAUUCCAAGAAAAGACGCGUCUGGAGGUAGAAAACUUGAAGAUGGAAUCAUUCGGUCUUGACAUCCUUCACGCAAUCGGCCAAACCUACCUACAAAAAGCCACUGCCCUUCUAAAAUCACAGAAAUUCCUCGGUAUCGGCGGUUUCUUCUCGCGCUUAAAGGACAAGGGAACUCUGGCCAAGGAGACAUGGAACACCAUUUCAUCUGCCAUUGAUGCGCAAAUGACGAUGGAGGAGAUGGCCAAGGCAGAAGAGAAAGGCGGCGAGGAGUGGACGGACGAGAAAAAGGUCGAGUAUGAACGGAGGGUAACUGGCAAGAUUCUUACGGCUGCGUGGAGGGGAAGUAAAUUUGAGAUCCAGAGUGUGUUGAGGGAUGUUUGUGAUGAGAUUUUGAACGAUAAGAAGGUUCCUAUGGCGAAGAGAUUGGAGAGGGCACAGGCUUUGGUUAUUUCAGGUGAGGUUUAUUCGAAGGCCCAACGUAACCCAGAAGAAGAAGGCGAUUACAUGGCAUUCGAACAGCUCGUCGCCGAAGCAGCCGCGAAAAAGGAAAAGAAGAGUGAUAAGAAGAAGCCGGAUGAUAAACAUAAACAUACGCAUGGUCACGCUGAGGCUGCCACUGUGGCGGGUGAUGUUCCUAACGUUCCAAAGGCUUGA